GAAGGAAGGAGGUCGGCGGUGCGCGGAGCUGCUAUGGUGCCGAGUUCCCUGGCAGAGCCGACCGAGUCGAGGCGGUCGCGGCCAUGAAGGCAGGCGCCACAUCCAUGUGGGCUUCAUGCUGUGGGCUGCUGAAUGAAGUCAUGGGAACUGGAGCUGUCAGAGGCCAGCAGGCAGGAUUUGCAGGAGGCACUGGUCCAUUCAGAUUUACACCAAACCCUGAUUUCUCCUACCCACCAGCAGCCACGGAAGGGCCUGAUAUCGUUUGCAAAGCCUGUGGACUCUCCUUUUCCGUCUUCAGAAAGAAGCAUGUAUGUUGUGACUGCAAGAAAGAUUUUUGCUCCGUUUGUUCGGUCCUACAAGAAAAUCUCCGCCGAUGCUCUACAUGUCACUUACUACAAGAGACGGCCUUUCAGCGGCCUCAGCUAAUGCGGCUGAAGGUGAAAGACCUACGGCAGUAUCUCUUCCUCAGAGACAUACCAACAGAUACGUGUCGAGAGAAAGAAGACUUGGUAGAUCUGGUACUGUGCCAUCAUGGACUCGGCUCCGAGGAGGACAUGGACACAAGCAGUCUGAAUUCUUCAAGGUCCCAGACUUCUAGCUUUUUUACACGUUCGUUUUUUUCAAACUAUACAGCCCCCUCUGCUACCAUGUCUUCAUUUCAGGGAGAGCUUAUGGAUGGAGACCGGACCUCAGGGCCUGGAGCGCUGGCACAGGUGCAAAGUGAACUAGCUUCAGCAAAUACCGAGGAUGACGAAGAUGACGAAGAUGAUGACGACGAUGAUGACGACUUAGAUGAGCGGACCCCAGGGCUCUCCAGAAAGAGAGCAAGAGCGUCUUUGUCUGACCUGUCGAGCCUCGAAGAUGUUGAAGGGAUGAGCGUGCGCCAGCUGAAGGAGAUUCUGGCUCGGAAUUUUGUGAACUAUUCUGGCUGUUGUGAAAAAUGGGAGCUGGUAGAGAAAGUAAACAGAUUAUACAAAGAGAAUGAAGAAAACCAAAAGUCAUAUGGCGAGCGGCUGCAGCUGCAGGACGAGGAGGACGACAGCCUGUGCCGGAUCUGCAUGGACGCCGUCAUCGACUGCGUCCUGCUUGAGUGCGGUCACAUGGUCACCUGCACCAAGUGCGGCAAGCGCAUGAGCGAGUGUCCCAUCUGCCGGCAGUACGUGGUGCGCGCCGUCCACGUGUUCAAGUCCUGAGGCCUCCUGGGCACUCAGACUGCAGCCCUAACACUUCCAUGCACAGGAAGGGACUGGAGACAUCCUGUUCAGAGGCUGAGGCUAUUUUUAGAAGUUAUUCUCACUAACUGUGGACAGAAGGUUUCCUCCUAAGUUGUGGAAACGGUGGUCCACGCCAUAAGCCCACUUGCCCGUGGACAAGCUGCGUUGCUCUGAGUCGGCCAGGCUUUGUCACCCACACCUGGUCACAAACUCUGGCGGCCAGACCGUCUACAGCUCCUGCUCUCUCUGGAGGACAUGUCUCCUGUUCUCCUAUUUCCCCUUCAUCCUAUUUUUAACUCAGACGACUCAGAUGUUUGAAACUUAUGUUCCCUUUGAGUGAAUGAGAUCACUGUCCACAGGCGGCCUCCACGGUGUAUGACGAGCAGCGGGCCCUCUGAGCGUCCACUUCAGUAGUCAUGUAUAUUUUAAAUGCUAAAUUUGAUGAAUGUAAGUUUCCAUUGUUGCUAUUCCCACAUUUAAACAUAGUUGGGAACAAAUGACAUUCUGUAGACAACUGCCAAGGCCUUAGACUAAACACAUCCAUUU